CGAAGCUCGGUGGAAAACUUUUCCUCCCUCCUGUCCGCUCAUGGUGGUCACCGCCGCUUUUUGUGGUUUGGAUUUAAAUUCUGCGCGGUGUUAAUCCAGCAACAGGCGGUGUCAGCAUGUCCCUGGCGGAUCAGCAGUGGUGUCCCACGAGCGUCCAGGUAACUGUGCUCCAAGCCAGAGGCCUCAGGAUUAAGGGGAAAAGCGGCACCAACGAUGCGUACGCGGUCAUGCAAGUGGGCAAGGAGAGGUACCAGACCUCGGUGGUGGAGAAGAGCGUGGCACCGGUGUGGAAGGAGGAGGCCGCCUUCGACCUGCCGCAGCUGCAGCAGACCGGCGGGGGAGGCACGGAGCGCUCCACGCUGCGUGUCCACGUCCUGCACCGGGCCCUGGUGGGUCCAGACAAACUGCUGGGGCAGGCUGUCAUCAACCUGCUGCAGCUCAGUGAGGACAGAGCCCGCAACAAGACCGAAUGGUUUAAGUUGCUGGACAAGACUGGCAAGGCAGACAAAGACAGAGGAGAUGUGCUUGUGGACAUCCAGUUCAUGAGAAACAACAUGACUGCCAGCAUGUUUGACCUCUCUGCUGCCGGCAAGUCCAGAUCCCGCCUGGGCAAGUUCAAGGACAAAGUUCGCGGCAAGAAAAAGGAAUCGGAUUCUGCGUCCUCGGUGGUGCCGUCCUUCAGUCAGGUUCUGACAGACAGCGAGGAGGAGGGAAAUGGGGAGGGGGACGUAGCUGCUGCCAAGGACGAGAAAAAGAAGAAAAUUAAGAUGAAGUCGUUGUUUUCUCCCAAGUCUAACCUGCAGAGGAACAUGUCUCAGUCCAUGUCAGUUCUGCCUGCGAAGAACUCCUCGCUGAGCGGCAGCCAGUCAUCUGGCCUAAAUGUGGACCCCUCUGAAGGUAAAAAGAAGUUCAAGUUCAAGAUACACAAACGUUCGGGCAGCUCAGACAGCAAAGAUUCCUCCUCUGGUCACCAAAAGCAUGGCGCUCCAGAACAGAGUAACCUGUGCAUCAAUGGCAGUCAUAUAUACUGCGAAGAGCCGCAGGCCCGGACCUCUCGCAUCGGAUCAAACUACAGUCUGGCCAGUUCAGGCCACGGAUCCAUGGACGACGUCCCCGAAAGCUCUCCUCCAUCUGUUGAUUCACUGAGGGCAGAAAAGAUGGCUGAUGCAGAAAAUGUGAAAGAGGAUGUGGGUGAACUAAGACAGGAGGAAGAGGAAAGGGUUAGGAUGGAGGAGGUGAGGAGGAGAAGAGAAGAGGAAGAGGAGAGGGAGAGGAGGAGGCUAGAGGAAGAAGAAAGGCGAAGAGAGGAAGAGGAAAGAAUGGAGGAAGAGAGAAGGAGACAAGAAGAGUGUAGAUUAGCAGAGGAAAAGAAGAGAAUGGAGGAAGAAGAAAGAAGGCUUGAGGAAGAGAGAGUUAGAAAGGAGCAAGAGGAUCGGAUUCGAAGGGAGGAGGAAGAGAGAGCAGAGGAAGAGAGGAGGAGACAAGAAGAAGAGCGGGAACGAUUAGCAGAGGAAAAGAGGAAACUGGAGGAACAAGAGAGAAGGAUUGAGGAAGAGAGAGUUAGAAAGGAGCAAGAGGAGCGGAUUCGGAGGGAUGAGGAAGAGAGGAGGAGACAAGAAGAAGAACGUGAAAGAUUAGCAGAGGAAAAGAGGAGACUGGAUGAAAAAGAAAGAAGGAGAACAGAAGCAGAAGAAAAAAGGCAAAGAGAGGAAGAGGAAAUGAUUAGGAAGGAGCAGGAGAGGGUGCAGGAAGAGAGGAGGAAACAAGAGGAAGAGGAGAUGGUGAAAAGAAAAAUAGAAGAGCGUGAGGAAAAGAGGAGACUGGAGGAACAAGAACGGAGAAUUGAGGAAGAGGAAAAAAGGAAAAGAGAGGAAGAGGAAAGGAUUAGGAGAGAGGGGGAAAUGGCUCUGGAAGAGAGUAGGAGACAAGAUGAAGAGGAGAGGGCUAGGAGGCGAGAAGAAGAGCGUAAAUUAGAGGAAAAGAGGAGACUGGAGGAACAAGAAAGGAGGAGAAUGGAAGCAGAAGAAAAAAAGCAAAGAGAGGACGAGGAAAGGAUUAAGAAGGAGGAAGAGAGGAGGAAACAAGAGGAAGAGGAGAUGGUGAGAAGACAAAUAGAAGAGCGUGAGGAAAAGAGGAGGCUAGAGGAACAAAGGAAGCAAAUGGAAGAAGAGGAAAGGUUUAAGAAAGAGGAGGAGGAAAAGGCUCAGAGGGAAAAGGAAGAAUAUCAGAGAUUGGUAGAAGAAAAGAGGAAACUAGAAGAGGAAAGGGAAAGGAUUGAAGCAGAUGAGAAAACUAAAAAGGAGGAAGAGAGGAAGAAGAAAGAGGAGGAGGAGGCGAGUGUUAGGAGGCAAGAAGAAGAGCAGGAGAAGUUGGCAGAGGCAAAGAGGAUAUUCGAGGAACAAGAAAGGAGGAGAAUUGAAGAAGAAAAAAUGAGACAAGAGGAAGAAGAGAGGAGAAGAAUUGAGGAAGAGGAGAGAAUAAGACAGGAAGAGCAGGAAAGGAUUCAGAUGGAGAAAGAGAGGAGGAGACAAGAGGAGGAGAGAAUAAAAAGGGAGGAAGAGGAGAGGAUUAGGAGGGAGGAAAAAGCUGAAGAGCCGUCCAGGAAGCUGGAGAAAGUAACAAAAAAUGCAGAGGAAGAGGAGAAGAUAGAAAAUAAAACAAAACACGAAGCUGUAGAGAUGAAAUCUAAAGCGGAGAGUGCUGCAGGAGUCACUAUGAAUCCAUUUGAUGAAAACUUCUCAAAUAAUCCUUUUGACGAAGAUCCCAACUCACCUGCUGGAGCCACGGACACAGUUUCACCUGUAAAACAAAGGAGUCAAUCUGUUGUGUCAUCGCUGGGUAGCGAGGCCGCCUCCACUGAUGAAAAGGAUCUUAUUAGCACUCAACGGGAGAAGCGACCGGCCCCUCAGCCACCAGGAAGAAAUCAAGCUGAGAGACAAAGUCAGAGGGAGCAGGACGAAUCUGCACGACAUCUGGCACAAAUUAACAAGCAGGGCAAAGACAAGGAUGUGAAAACCGCCAGCGUUCUCCCUCAGCGCUCGGUGCAAAUGAUCGCUCCUCUGGGCAGGCCUCCCACAGACCCAAAGAGCACCCAGAGCUUAACGCAAAGCAGUGCCACCAAAGGAACAACAAAUGUAGCCAAACACAGUAAACGCCCUGCACCGUCUAGACCUCGUUCUGUGGAGGAAGGGCCAUCAUCUGGACCCAAAACAGCCUCGUCUUCUGGUGGCAAGGUUUCCAAUAAAUUUCCCUCCAAGGCAAAACAAGAGCCGAUUGUUUAUGGUUUAAAUCCGUUUGAAGACGAUGAAGAUGAAGAUGAACAUGAGCUUGCGGCAGCUAACACUGGUUCAGUGCAAUGGCCUCCACCCAUGUCACAAGCUGCUGAUAAAGAUGAAGCCUCCCAGGCAAAAAUCAAGUCCUCAAAGACCGCCCGUGCCCCCCCGCUUCCUGCAAAGACAGCUGCCACUUCAAGUACUUCAAUCAAGCGAAACACUGAAGGAGGCGAUGUUACAGGUGAUACAGGUGUGGCCGUGCCUGAUAACAGUGAAACCCACCCAUGUGACCCAGAGCCUGUCCCUGAGAGUCCAGCGCAAGAGUCCCAGCAUGCAACGGUGCAGAGAGCCGGGGAGGAGGGAGGCGGGAAGAAAGAGGGGCCUUCUGCAACUCCACGCCGGCUUCUACCAGUGAAACCUCUUAAUCCUCUGGGACAGCAGUCUGUCUCAGCCGUUCAAGGGGAAAUAGAUAACAAGUCCAGAGGAAUCCACAGUGAAGUUCAGGAGAAAACAAAGGUAAAUGGCACUGGGCUGAAAGGGCCAUAUUCCCAGCUGACACAGGAGGAGCUCAUCGCUCUAGUGCUCAGACAGGAAAACCAGCUCUCAGAGAGAGACCUCAAGAUAUCAGAGCUGGAGCAGUACAUUGACAAAUUGCUUGUGCGAGUCAUAGAAGAAAAACCGAGUAUUCUCAUGUCCAUGAACUCUCUGAAGAAUCCUGUCUAGGUGGAUCCACAGCUGGCACUUUAUUCCCAGUGCAAAAGCUGAGGUUUACUAGGUCGAACAACAUGUUAGCAAAUGAAUAAUGAUGAAGAUUGGAAUAUAUUCUGUAAAAUAAAUCUUGCAGAGGCUGUUGCCAUUUCAGCCUUUCAGUUGGGGUAUUAUGUUAAUUUGCAAUCAAAGAUGUUAUUGAAUACAAAAAGAUAUUCUACAUUUUUCUAAAUAUUAAGUAAUGUUCUUGACACUUUGCUACAGUAUGUAUAUGUAGCAUUGAAACAACCUCUUUUGUGUAUUUGUAUUUUCAUCUUGAGUAUAAAAUUCUUUCCAGAAAUUACUUACAAGUUAUUCAUGUUAAAUAUUGCCUACAUGACAGACUUCAUUAAUGGUUAAAAAACAAACAAACAAACAAAAAAAAAAUUAAACUAUUUGUUUUUCUAUUGACUGUUAGCUUCCUGUCUUCUGGCGUUAUCUCCAGUAUGAAGAAGAGCCUUAUUUUACUGUCAAAACUAUGCACUAAUUAUGAAGAAGAAGAAGAUUAUGAGAAGUUUCUUGCUCUUGUACUGAAUGUCAAAGUUUACAUGAUUCUACUAACCCCCAAAAGGCACUUUACUCAGCUUACACUAUUAACAUGAUGUACACUGAAUUACUGCACUGUACUGAAAUUACUGCAUUAUGGUAUUAACAUGUGCAAAAUAAAAUCUUUUGUGGAAAAAAGUUGCUUUUU